CCUUCCUUUCCAGUCGGACUACUCCUCCCAUGGCCGCUUCUUCCCUCUUCUCUGCUCCUCCUCACCCUCCCGCCUCCUCUUUCUCUUAUUGCCGCCGGAUCUCCCGGUCUGCUUCCGUUCUCCUCCCCCACUCCUCUCCUUCGCGUCCUCUUCUCCGUAGUGCCGCACUGAGGCCGCACGCCAACCUCCGGAACUCCACCGGCGAGACGGCAGCCGAAGAUUCUAGAGCUGGUGUGGCUGUAUACAGGCCAAGAUCUUACAAGGUUCUCCUCUCCGACGCCUCCCGGUCCCUCGUGUCUGCUCUGGAUGAUGGCAAGACCCGUCUGGAGAUUGAUUUCCCGCCCUUGCCAAGCGACAUUUCAUCUUAUAAGGGUAAUUCAGAUGAAUUUAUUGAUGCAAACAUCCAACUUGCACUUGCUAUUGCUAGGAACCUGCAGGAGAUGAAAGAGAUCAGAUCUUGCAUUGUGUUCCCUGACCAACCAGAAAAGCGCAGGGCUUCUAAGUUAUUUCGAGCAGCUCUUGAAACAAUUGGUGGUGUAACCAUUGGGUCAUUAGAUGACAUACCAAGUGGACCUGUCAGAAGCUUCUUCAAAUCCCUAAGGAACACAUUGGAUCUUGAGUUUAGUGAUGAAAUUGAAGGUGAACAAAAGUACAACGAGGCACCACCAUCUUUAUAUAUUUUUAUUAACUGUAGUACACGUGAUCUUUCUGCUAUAGAGAAAUAUGUGGAAAAGUUUGCUACAACUGUUCCAGCUCUUCUUUUUAAUCUCGAACUUGAUACAUUACGUUCUGAUUUAGGCCUUCUAGGUUUCCCAACCAAGGAUCUUCAUUAUAGAUUUCUUUCUCAGUUUGUUCCUGUGUUCUAUAUUCGAACUAGAGAGUACUCAAAGACAGUUCCAGUUGCCCCUUUCCUAGUGAAUUACAGUGGAGCUCUAUUCCGUCAAUAUCCAGGACCUUGGCAAGUGAUGCUCAAGCAAACUGAAGGCUCCUAUGCUUGUGUAGCAGAAAGUGCUACUCGUUUCACUUUGGGAGAGACUAAGGAAGAACUUCUGAGGGUUCUUGGUCUACAAGAGGAACAAGGGAGCUCAUUGGAAUUUCUGAGAAGGGGCUUCAAGAAUGCAACCUGGUGGGAAGAAGGCAUUGAUUUGGAGCUGUCUUCUGCCUGGCGAAGUUGAAGACAAGUUCCAGCAGAUGCUAUGUUAUCAUUAUUUAUUUUUGGUUAGUUCUUUCAAAAGUGGUUUUUAUUUUUCACCUGUCCUUACAAAGUUCAAAGAACAAAUGGUUGUUACUUGAGGGUUAGUGAUCUAUCUCGAUUAUUGUUGCUUAUCAA